AUGUUUUCAAAUUUUUUUGGUAGUUCAAAAAGAAAUACCAUUGCUAGUAGUAGUAGUAGUAGCAAAAAAGAUAAAGAUAAUGGUAAAGACGAAUCAUCUAAAUUAAAGAAUAGUGGUAGUUCAACAUUACCAAAACCAAUUACAAACAAUGAGAGUGGUAAUAAUUUUAUAACAUCACCAUCGGUUUCAAGUCCAUUGAUAUCACCAUUAUCAUCAUCACCAUCACCAUUAUUAUCAUCAAGUAGUAAUAGUAUUCAAUCAACAUCACAUCAACAACAGCAACAACAUCAAGGUGUUAUAACAUCAUUACAAAUGAAACCAUCAUGUACAAGUUUAACAGAUGAUAUUGAAAAGAAGAAACAAGCUAAAUAUGAUUCAUCAUUGGAACAAACCGCUAGAAAAUGGGUUUGUGAUGUAUUGGAGAUUCAAUUGGAGGAUGAUAAAACUUUUUAUGAGUUAUUUAAAAAUGGUGUAUUAUUAUGUAGAUUAAUUAAUAAAUUAAGAGGUGGUACAAUUAAGAGAAUCAAUGAAAGUACAAUAUCAUUUAAACAAUUGGAAAAUAUUGAAAAUUAUUUAAAAGCUUGUAAAACAUUAGGCUUACAAAGUGUAAACCUAUUCAAUUCAAUCGAUUUACAUGAAAAUAAAGAUAUUUCGUUAGUGAUUACAAAUAUUGUAGUAUUAGGUAAACAUGCUUCUAAAAUUGAAGGUUAUAAUGGUAUACAUUUAGCAGGUGAAAGAAAAAUCAUUAAAAUUACAACAACUCCAGUUUCACCAUUAUUUGGUGGUAAUCAUAAUAAUAAUAAUAAUAAUAAUAAUAAUAAUAAUACAAGUAAUGGUGAUUUAUCACCAGUUUCAAUAACGAGUGCAAGUGGUGGUAGUAGUAAUUAUAAUAGUUAUAGUAAUAAUCCAUUAAAUAAAUCAUCAAAUGGAAAGAAAGCUAAAUGGAGAAAAUCAGUUAAAAUACCAGCAGUAUCAUCAUUGAAUAGUGAUAUUAGAACUAAAGAAGCAUUUAAAUUCUCACCAGAACUUCAAAAAGCAGCACAAGAUUGGAUUGAAGAGGUGACAAAAGAAAAGUUUAAAUUACCGUCAUUUAGUUCCUCUUUAAAAGAUGGUAUUCUAUUAUGUAGAGUUAUAAAUACCAUCAUACCAAAUACAAUACUCUAUAUAAACAAUGGUAAUAGUAGUUUUAAAAAGAUGGAAAAUAUUGGAAAUUAUUUAAAAGGUUGUUUAGUGGUUGGGUUAAAGAAAACUGAUUUAUUCGAUACACCUGAUCUAUUUGAAGAGAAGAAUAUAAAUUUCGUAAUUUCAAAUAUACAUGUUUUAGGAAACCAUGUCAAUAAGAUGUAUUCACAUUUGAAACUACCAUUAAUAAAGAAUAUUGGCAAUGGUGGCAAUGGUGGCAAUGGGGGUAUCGGUGGUGGUGGUGGUAGUGAUGGCUCGCCAUUGAAAAUGUAUAGUUCAAUUAUUCAUAGUAAGUUUGGUAAUGGUAGUAGUAAUACUAGUAGUGGUAAUGGUGGUGUAAUAAUACCGCCAGAAGAUAUGAAAGAUUUAAAAGAUUGGAUCAAUCAUCAUUUGAGAGCACAUCAUUCAUUACAGAUUGGAUCUGAUAUGUCUAAUGACUUGAGAAAUGGUGUAACGUUAUUGACAUUGUUGGAAGAAUUAACAUUACAAAAAGUCGGAAUUUUCGCAAGGGAGCCUGUACUACCAUGGCAUUUUAUGCAAAAUAUUUGUUUACUUUUAAAUUUCCUUAGAGAGAAUUCAGUUCACAAUGUUUCAGAUAUCUCACCACAUGAUCUAUUCAAUGGUGAUAUUCAUUCACUUUGUAUGAUCACAAGAUUAAUUAGAGAGAAUUUCGAUACUGAUCAUCAAAUGAAAUCAAUUCCAAUGGAUACUAGAAGACAAAAAGUCAUUGAAGAAAUCAUUGCUACUGAACAAAGUUAUGUUAAAUCCCUCUCAACAGUUUAUAACCUCUUAAUUGUACCUUUAUUAAAUUCUUUAGAUACAAACUCACCAAUUCUUUCAAAUGAUGAAAUCUCUUCAAUCUUUGGUAAUUGGGAACAUCUUUUAAGAUCUCAUAUUAAUUUAUUAAAAGAAUUUAAAUUAAAAUUAAAUUUACCUUUUAAUGAUUUAACAAUUGAUGAUUCAAAUCAAAAUCAAAAUCAUAAUAAUAUUUUUGGUGAUAGUAUUUUUGAUUCAAAUAUUACAAUUGGUGAUGUAUUUUUAGAAAAAUGUGAAUUUUUAAAAGAUAAUUAUACAAAUUAUAUUAAUAAUUAUGAUAAUUCAUAUCAAAGAGUUAAAAGAUUAAAAAAAAGUAAUAGUAAUUUUGAAGAAUUAGUAAAUACAUUUGAAAUAUUUCAAGAUACACACAAUGGAUUGGAUUUAUAUAGUUAUUUAAUUAUGCCAAUUCAAAGAAUUGUUAGAUAUAUUCUUUUAUUGAAAGAAGUUAUUAAAUAUACACCUUCAACUCAUCCAGAUUAUCAAAUGCUUCAAAAUGCAAAAGAAAAUAUUAAAAGAGUUGCUGAUCAUGUUAAUGAAUCAAAAAUGGCUGUAGAAAAUAAAAGAAAAAUCCUUUCAAUUCAAGAUUCAAUUCAAAAUUUACAAUUUAAUUUAAUGGAUAAAGAAAGAACUUAUAUUAGAGAAGGUUUCUUAGAAAUUGAAGAUACAUUCAAAAAAGAUAGUUAUUUCUUUUUAUUUAGUGAUUUAUUAUUAUUUGUAAAAUAUAAACCAUCAGAAGAAACUGGUAAAGAAUUUAAAUAUAAAGAAGUUUUCUAUUUAGAUCAAGUUGUUGAUGUAUCUGAUAUUUUAAGUGAUGAUGAAGGUGAAGCUUGCGUAGAUGGUGAUGAUGAUGGUGGUGAAUAUGAAGGUGGAAAUGGUGAUGCUACUAGUGGUAGUGCUGAUCCAGAGGAUCAAACAUUAAGAAGAUCAUGUAAUAGUAAUAAUAAUAAUAAUAGUAAUAGUAAUAAAAGUAAUACAGUUUACUCUUUUGAAAUUGAAACUUGUGAAUUUAGUUUAGUUCUAUUAGCAGAAAGUCAUACUGAAAAAAUAGAAUGGAUGGAAGAUCUUAGAUCAUGUCUUCAACAUCAAUUAAUUAAAGAAGAGGAUCAAUUAUCAUCUUUAUCUUUGUCCGAUAAUGAUGAUGACAAUGAUGCUGAUGCUGAUGUUGAAAGUAGUUUAAAUAGUAUAAGCAGUCCAUUAUUAUUAUUAAAUAAUAAUAAUAUUAUUAAUAAUAAUAAUAAUAAUAAUAAUAAUAAUAAUAAUAAUAAUAAUAAUAAUAAUAAUAAUAAUAAUUGUAAAAAUAGUAAUAUCAAUAUUAAUAGUAGUAUAGAUAAUAAUAGCGAUAAUAAUAAUAAUGAUUAUGAUAGUAAAAUUAACAGUGAAGAAAAUGGAGAUAGUAGUGAUGAAGAAAAUAAAACAUCAAAUAGACGUAGUGUUUCAUUUAAAACUCAUAAAAGAUUAGAAUCUGAUGAAACAAUCUCUGAUACUGAAUCUGAUGACUAUGAAUUGGUUUGUGGUAGAUCCAAGAAAUCACAACCUCCUCCUGUCCCUCCAAGGAAAAUUACAUUUUCAGAUACCAUAAAAAAUAUCGAUAAUCAAUAA